AUGAGACCAACAGCGACAGAAUGCUUAAGUCAUGAAUUCUUUACAUUUCAUGAUAAACCAACUAGUGCUCAAAAGAAGACCUUUUUUGCUUAAACUAGAGCUGCUACAUUAACUGUUGAUUUCUCCUCCCCUGAAGAAAAGUCUGAAUAUAAAGGUUCCUUUGUUACUAAUGACAUUGUACCAUAAGAAUAUGGAAUGCAAAAAACGAAUACAAAAUUCAAUACCACUGAAUUUGAUUAAUAUAAUUGA